AUGCAGGCUGUCCGAUCAACUCAAACUAAGCCCGGCGCAGAGUCGAGCAUUUCAAAGCAGUUGGUCGACAAGAUGUACGAGAAGCGGAAGGCUGCUGCUCUGGAACUUGAGAAGCAGAUACGCGAAUGCCACCAGCAGGGUGACCACCGGCGUAUAAGCCAGAUUGUCGAUCAACUAGUGGACAUGUUCAACAAUUCGUCAAAUCCACUGCAUGUACGGAAUGGUGGUCUCAUAGGACUGGCUGGCACCGCAAUCGCGCUUGGCGUCGAUAUUGCGCCGUACAUGGAGAAGUUUGUCGAGCCAUUAUUAGUAUGCUUCACCGAUCCCGAGAACAGGGUGCGGUACUUCUCCGCGGAAUGCCUCUACAACAUCGCCAAGGUAUCAAAAGGGGAAAUAUUGGUUUACUUUAACCCAAUAUUUGAUGCUUUGAGCAAGCUUGCUGCCGAUUCAGAAUUGUCUGUCAAGAAUGGCGCAGAGUUGCUUGAUCGUCUUCUGAAAGAUAUCGUGGCGGAGACCGCAUCUGUCUACAUUCCCCACUAUCCUGAGACAGAGAAGGUCCGCAAACGGGCCGAAGAAGUGCACGGCAUGAGCAUCCUGGUCCCGCAUCCAGACGAUCUUGCCAACGGCGAGGACUUUAAUAGCGCACGAAAGGCGUUCUCACUCGCACAUUUUAUACCUCUCCUCUCAGAGAGGAUAUAUGUCCUUAGCCCGUUCACUCGGAGCUACCUUGUAUCAUGGAUCACUGUCCUUGAUUCUGUCCCCGAGCUCGAACUCAUCACAUACUUGCCAGAAUUUCUGGACGGGCUUCUGAAAUACUUGUCUGACCCAACGCAAGAUGUACGGGUCGCCACCGAGAACCUGCUCGCCGACUUCCUUCGUGAAAUCUGUGAAGUGACUGCAGUCCAGCAGCGCAGUGAGGAGCAGCUUAAGGCCAAGCGGGAGGCUGCGGCCGAGCAAAGUCGUCGAGCAGAUCCCGAGAAGGAGCGAUCGCAGGAUCUGAGCGCCCCAGUAUCAGAGCGAGGAGCCUUCUUACCGGAUAACGAACAUGUCCUAGUGGACGAGAGCCCUUUGGCUUCGCCCGACGAGAAACAAGAUGGUCGCGAUGCGGGUCACUGGGUCCCCGGUCAGGGUGUCAAAAUAGACUACGCUGCUAUAGUCGAGAUUCUCAUCCAACAGCUUGAUGACCAACACGACGUUAUCCAACAAUGUACUGCUCUGCAGUGGUUAUCCGAGUUCCUACGAAUCGUACCGGAAGUGAUGGUCCCCUUUACACCCCGCCUAAUCCUCGUGAUCCUCCCAAACCUAUCCCACCAUGUCCUCAUGAUUCAGUCCGCUGCGCAGCGUACCAACAAACUCCUCAUGAACAUGAUCCAGGCACUCCCUCUUCCUCCCGACCAACCAGCACGCCAAGGGACAGACAAGUCAUCUUCCGCCGCAUCGCAAGUGGCUCCUGGGUCCCCUACUCCGGCUGUCACAUCCCUCGCAUCUACCAGACAGUCUACUGCUGGCAAGGACACUCCACAAAGCCGCGACCUGAGUUCACCGGAGUCGCUGCUCGAGACAACAGCUGACCGCGCGUCGGAGAAAUCGGAACAAUUCGACUACCAGGCGACGGUGAAUGCGCUGACCAUCCAGUUCCUGAGCGAGCAUGAGGACACGCGGGUGGCGGCGCUGAGAUGGCUCAUUAUGCUACAUCAGAAGGCGCCGAAGAAGAUCCUUGCCAUCGACGACGGGACCUUCCCAGCGCUGCUGAAGACACUCUCGGAUCCCUCAGAAGAGGUGGUCAAGAAUGAUCUGCAACUAAUUGCUCAGAUCUCAUCCAGCUCAGAUGAGAGCUACUUCAAAGCGUUUAUGAUCAACCUUCUGGAUCUUUUUAGCACGGAUCGCGGACUGCUAGAAACACGAGGGAGUCUCAUCAUCCGCCAGCUCUGUCUCAAUCUCAAUACGGAACGUAUCUACCGUACGUUCGCCGAAAUUCUGGAGAAAGAAGAGGAUCUUGAAUUCGCUAGUGGCAUGGUUCAGAAGCUGAACAUGAUCCUCAUUACGUCUCCUGAAUUAGCGGAUUUCCGGAGAAGGCUUAAGAGCCUCGAAACUCGGCAAGACGGACAAGCAAUAUUUACUACCCUGUAUCGUUCAUGGUGUCACAACGCCGUCGCAGUGUUCUCCCUGUGUCUACUUGCUCAGGCUUAUGAGCAUGCAUCAAAUUUAUUGUAUAUUUUCGCCGACCUCGAGAUCACCGUGCAGUUACUUGUGCAAAUAGACAAGCUCGUCCAACUGAUCGAGUCACCAGUCUUUACGUAUCUACGGUUGCAACUACUGGAACCUGAAAAAUACCCUCAUCUGUUCAAGUGCCUUUACGGCCUGUUGAUGCUGCUACCACAGAGCUCAGCCUUCGUCUCACUCCGAAAUCGCUUGAGUGCGGUGAACUCGUCAGGGUUCCUUCACAUUGCGCCUAAAUCCACUGUGGGCAACAUAUCGUCAACGCGAUCAAAGCUCGGUCGUGAAGACAUUAAGUGGCAAGAACUACUCUCGCAUUUCCGGUCAGUACAGGCGAGGCACGAACGUGCGCGGCGCCAGGCGCUGGGCUCCGAUAGUGUCUCAUUCCCCGGCUUUCCUGACAUCGACAAGCCGUCGAAUCCGCCUCCUGCUGCAACCCCCGCCGCACCGUCAUCUACCCGGCCUACGAUACGACGGAAAGUCACAGGCGAGGUCCCUGUACGGCCGCCAUCGCGGUCUGGUGGCGCACUGUCACCACUCAAUCCAAGGGCACGCGGUCAGACAGGGUUGAUUUCAUCCAGCUUGGCGCAUCCCCCCGCAAGCCCAACUCUCGUUCCCCAAACACAAAUGAAACAGCCGCGGACUUUGACCCUGAACAAAAAAUCUUGA